AUGUGGGAUAUUCUAAUAGGCCUCCUCGAGAUGUGGGUGAGAAACGGUCCAACGGGAAACAACCCAAGCCCAACAUCUCGGAAAUACAACAAGACAUGCCACUUAUAUGGGUCACAUAGGUAUGCAGAAGAACUGGUUCAAGAAAAAGAUGAGGAGAGUGCAGCGAUCGAAUACAGAGACUUAAUCUCGAUUCACGUUGGGAACCACAAAGGAGGGUUGAAGAACUGCUUAAAUGGAGAUCCUAACCGAGACAUACGGUUAAGCAUGAGUGAGCAGUGGCUUGAGACUUUGGCUAAAACUCGUGGACCUGAUUUAGUAAAGUUCACGCAGUGGAAUCUUUUGAGGAUAUAUCCCAAGACAACACGGUUCGACUCGUAUAACUAUGAUCCUCUCGUUGGAUCGAUUCAUGGUGCUCAAACGGUUGUCUUCAAUAUGCAAAUAGAAUAA